GUUUUAUUCAAUGAACGUAGGAGAACAAUAGGUUCUUCAGUCCUGCGCAUUUCGCUAAAGUUUUUCCGUUUUUUAGUGGUUAUACUACACACGAGCUUACCUUCCACGUACAUCAAAGUAAAAGGGUCUUGAAUCACAAUGAAUAAAAUUUUAGUGAAGAACAGCGGAUUCGCAGAACAGUUGGUCAAAUAUGGUGGCGACCACGUUGAAGGAGAUCCUCUCUGGUGUGCUCGUUUUAAUGCAACCAAUCCAGAAGCCGUCAUCCGAGCAUACUUAGAUAAUUUGGAAGAUGGAGCUGAUAUUAUCAACACGAAUACCUAUCAAGCAAGUAUUCCUGGUUACAUGCAAUACCUUAGCCUAACUAGAGAAGAAAGCGUUGAUCUCCUAAUAAAGACAGUGAAACUUGCGCAUACUGCACGUGACAAAUGGCUCAGUAAAAUAGGGAAAACCUUAAAGGAGACAAAUGGACUCCCAUUCAUAUCCGGGGCGAUUGGUCCGUAUGGAGCACACUUACACAACGGUUCUGAAUACACUGGUGACUACGCAGAUAAAAUAGACGCAAAUACUCUAAAAGAUUAUCACAAAGUUCAGAUUGAUGCCAUCCUUGCAGGAGGUAUUGAUAUAUUGGAAAUAGAAACGAUUCCAUGUCGAGCUGAAGCUGAAGCGUUGAUCGAAUUACUUUGCCAGGACUAUCCCGAAGUAAAAUUUUGGUUCUCUCUUCAAUGCAAGGACGACAAAAGCUUAGCACAUGGAGAACCUUUUUCUGAAGUGUGUCAAAUGAUUUGGGAAUAUUUGAAAAAGCGAAACUUGACGAAAAAUUGUUACGGCAUUGGAGUUAACUGUGUCAAGCCAAAGAACGUUACGCCUCUCUUUAAAUCGGUUAAUGGCAACAAAAGUCCCGAGGAACAAAUCCCACUAGUUGUAUUUCCUACCAGUGGUGAAACGUAUGAAGAAGGGAAAGGUUGGAUCAAAAAAGGAGACAUCCUUCCAAUCGAAAGUUUCAUUCCAGAAUGGGUGUCUCUAGGAAUGAAAAUAAUUGGAGGUUGCUGCCGAACGGAUACCAAGGAUACACAAAAGUUUAAAAAUGUUGUUGAAAGUUUGAAUAAAUAGAAGAUGUGAAUAAAUACA